CAAGUUGGGGGUUGGGGCGGUGUGUCGUGUCCGCCCGCCGCACAGCCCGUGUGGGGACGGGGCGUGACGGGAGAGCGCGGCGGUGCGGGGGAAAAACAAAAUGAGCCCUUUCUUUUUUCUGGAUGUUGGACAUUCUCGUCUAGUCUACUUCUGGAAUAGAAGUUCAGCUUUCAACGCAACAAAUGAGACAUACUGCUACAGCACUGCCCAGGGCAGCACAGUGCUCCAAGGAGUAACUUUCGGUGGAAUCCCAACUGUCCUACUGCUUGAUGUAACCUGUUUUUUUAUUUUAAUAUUGGUGUUUUCCAUUAUAAGAAAGAGAUUCUGGGACUACGGUCGUGUUGCUCUUGUGUCAGAAACUGAAAGUGAAUCAAGGUAUAGCCGGUUAUCAACAUCUUCAUCAGUACCUGAAGAGCUUGAAUAUGACAGUGGAUUUUGUUCCUGGAUGACAGCUGCUUUUCGGAUGCAUGAUGAUGAGAUUCAUGACAGAUGUGGUGAAGAUGCCAUACAUUACCUUGCCUUCCAGCGUCACAUCAUUUGUUUGUUGAUUGCUGUCAGUAUUUUGUCUGUGUGUGUCAUACUGCCUGUCAACCUGUCAGGUGAUCUACUUGAUAAAGAUCCCUAUAGUUUUGGAAGAACAACUAUAGUAAAUUUACAAACUGGUAACAAUCUUCUUUGGCUGCACACAGCUUUUGCUGUUGUUUACCUGAUUCUGACUGUUGUCUUCAUGAGACAUCACAUGAAGUAUGUCACGUACAAGGAGGAAGAUAUAGUUAAAUGCACAUUGUUUGUAACUGGUCUUCCUAAAAAUGCAAAAGAAGAGACCAUACAAGGCCAUUUCACGGCUGCUUACCCAACUUGCAAUGUGCUAGAGGUCCAGCUAUGUUAUGAUGUAGCCAGGCUUCUUUAUCUGUCCAAAAAAAGAAAACAGGCAGAAAAAAGCCUGACUUACUAUAAACAUCUGCAUCAGAAGUACGGCAAGCGAGUCCAAAUCAACCCUAAGCCUUGUGGUCAGUUCUGCUGUUGUGAAAUAAGAGGAUGUGAAAGGGAAGAUGCUAUAGAUUAUUAUACCAAAGUUAAAAAUAAGCUGACAGAAGAAUACAUAGAAGAGGAACAAACUGUUCAUAAGAACCCGCUGGGAAUGGCUUUUGUAACUUUUCAAGAGAAAUCCAUGGCGACAUAUAUCCUUAAGGACUUCAAUGCCUGCAAAUGUCAGAGUAUUAAGUGUAAAGGAGAACCCCAGCCAUCAUCCUAUAGUAGAGAGCUUUGUAUAGCAAACUGGAGAGUUACAUAUGCUCCAUAUCCUGAGAAUAUAUGUUGGAAUAAUCUUUCAGUGCGUGGGCUGAAAUGGUGGUUUAGAUGGUUUUGCAUUAAUCUGCUUCUUUUUAUUGUACUGUUUUUUCUUACUACUCCUUCCAUAAUCAUCUCAACCAUGGACAAGUUCAAUGUCACUAAACCUAUUCGUUACCUUAAUAAUCCCAUUGUCAGUCAGUUUUUCCCAACACUCUUACUCUGGUCCUUCUCAGCUUUGCUACCAACAAUUGUAUAUUACUCAACUCUGCUGGAAUCCCACUGGACAAAAUCUGGAGAAAACAGAAUCAUGAUGCAUAAAGUCUACAUUUUUUUGAUCUUCAUGGUGUUGAUCCUGCCCUCCCUUGGUCUGACCAGCCUUGAUUUUUUUUUCCGUUGGCUGUUUGACAGAGAAUCAUCUGAAUCUACGGUCAGACUGGAAUGCGUCUUUUUGCCUGACCAGGGAGCCUUCUUUGUGAACUACGUGAUUGCCUCUGCUUUCAUUGGCAAUGGGAUGGAGCUGCUGCGCCUACCUGGCCUCAUCCUUUACACCAUACGCAUGAUAAUGGCCAAGUCCACAGCAGAAAGGAAAAAUAUUAAACAGCAACAAGCAUUUGAAUAUGAAUUUGGAGCAAUGUACGCCUGGAUGUUAUGUGUGUUCACUGUCAUCAUGGCCUAUAGCAUUACCUGCCCCAUCAUUGUCCCAUUCGGCUUAAUAUAUAUACUCCUGAAGCACAUGGUUGACCGUCACAACCUUUAUUAUGCAUAUCUCCCUGCUAAGCUGGAGAAGAAGAUCCACUUUGCAGCUGUGAAUCAGGCCCUGGCAGCUCCAAUUCUCUGCCUUUUCUGGCUCUAUUUUUUCUCAUUUUUGCGACUAGGCUUUAAAGCACCCACAACCAUGUUUACCUGCCUAGUUGUCAGCAUCACAAUUGUUAUUUGCUUGGCUUAUACCUGUUUUGGCUGUUUCAAGUACCUGAGCCCACUGAAUUACAAGAUAGAAGACUUGCAAGGAGAAAGAGGAAACGACACAGAUGUACGAGCCACUCCACCAUCUUCUAAGUUCGUCCCCCGAGUGUUGCAUCCUCAUUCUACAGAAAGGACAGUGCUAGCCUACAAAGAGCAGCAGUCAUAUGGCACCAUGGACGACGCUAGCUCACAGGCAGAAGACAGGAGCUGUUCUGCAGGACCUGCAAUUACUGAGCAGUCAUCAAAGGGUUCUCUCUGAAUACAAAGGACUAACACGAGGUGGAGCACUUGGUCCAGCUUUAAAAGAACUAAUUUUUCCACCACCACCACCCUCUAAGCAUUCUGAUUUAUUUACACAUUCCUGCCUACAGAAGAGGUACAGAAAUAACUUAUUGUGUGGUCUGCAGCUGUGCCUGGAGAUUAAAAGGCAGAUGCCUUGGAAUUGAUUGUUUUGCAGGACGUCUGCGCGCGUUGUGAAACCAGCAUGCUGAAGACCGCGAUGCGGAUCCCCAGGAACUUUACUUCUGCUAUCUCAUCGUUUGCCUUACGAAGACAACUGAUGCUGCAUAUAGAUAAUGGGUCACUGAAGCAAAUGCAGCUCUCAGUUGCAGCUGCCACUUAUUUAUUCAAAAUAAUUCUUCUUGAAUUUUUAACAAACCUUGAGUAUUUAUAAACCACCUGGGAUGUAUUAAAUCCUGAGCCAAUGUCACUUUUAAUGAAAUUACUCUGUGGGAGAUGGGGUGGGUGUUGGGUGGUGUUUCCUCUGUUGUCACCCAGAGUAGUCAGUGCAGAUAUGAGCACCUUUCUUUCUUUUUUAUUUUUUCUUAAAAGACAUGAGGGAGUUACUAUGCACAGGGAUAUUAAAAGUACUAAACCAAAAAGACUGGUGAAAAGAAGGGACUGAUUGAUCUGGUACUGUUUUUACAUAUUCUUGGAGGGCAUUCAGGUUGUUGGUUUCAGUUCAGUAUUUUUAAGAGCCUUCCACAAUGAAUGUUCACUUGCCAGCAAUAAAGGGUGUAAGCAUUUUAUCCUUCAUUUUAAUCUUGGGUCAAAAUGACAGAUCUCUGGGGUUUUUCAGUAAGUGCAGUUACACAAGCUGUAAGAUAUUAAGUUUUUAAAUUAUGUAGUAGGUGCCAAAUUAUUCCAAAGUACAUUGUGUCAAAGUGCAACUAAUAAUCACAAAGCAAUAAAACUGAGUUCAGAGAAAUUUAA